GUGUGUGUGUGUGUGUGUGUUUACACAGACGGGAAUACUGCGCCAAAGGAAGUGCGCCGGUUCUCCGUCUGCGCGUCCCGACUUCCUGCUCUGAGGCAGGAGAGAGAAAAGCUGCGGAUCCGCUUUCAGACAGCAGCAGCAGCAUGGAACCCCAACACAACACACACACACCGCUAUAAGACACAAACACGCGCAUCACACACGGGCAGACGGGCAGAGGAGCAGCGGAGCAGCGGCCGUCCACAGUAGGAUUGCCUGUGUCUCUGGUGUCAUCCUGUCAUGGAGAGCUCCAUCACACUCUGGCAGUUCCUGCUGCAGCUGCUGCUCGACCAAAGCCACAAACAUCUCAUCUGCUGGACGUCCAAUGACGGCGAGUUCAAGCUGCUAAAGUCAGAAGAUGUUGCUAAGCUGUGGGGGCUGCGCAAGAACAAGACCAACAUGAACUAUGACAAGCUGAGCAGAGCCCUGCGCUACUACUAUGACAAGAACAUCAUUAAGAAGGUCAUUGGUCAGAAGUUUGUCUACAAGUUUGUGUCGUUCCCUGAGAUUCUGAAGAUGGACCCUGCAGUAGUGGAGUCAGGCCGCAGCAGUGAGGAAAGUGGUGGUGCGACGUCCGAGACUGAAGCUGAAGAUGAGGAUGGAAGUGGGAGAAACCAGUACCUCCACUCUGGCCUGUACUCCUCCUUCACUGUCAGCUCCUUGCAGCACUCCUCAGAGCCCCAUCGACCGAUCAAGACAGAGCCAAGAUCAUCCGAACGCAAGAGUGACAGCUCCUCUGUUAUCCGAUUCGUCACUAACCGUGGCCACGCCUCCCUCCCCUCCACUCCACCCCCAUCCUCGACUGAGACCUCUCAUUCCUCCAGGCCGUCUCCUCGUCAGGCACGCUCUUCCUCCUGCUCCUCGUCCCCACCACAAAGCCCCGCCCACACACAAUGGAGGAGGUGGAGCCAGAGCACAGAGACUGAUGAGUUAGAGCAGAACGCUCAACCCCUGAACCUGUCGUCUGGUCAGAGGGAGAGAGAGCGGUCACAGGGCACGACAAUGCCAGAGAGGAGGGGAUUGUCCAACAGUGCACCUUUGAAAAACAGAAAACCCAAAGGCUUGGAAAUCUCCGCCUCCUCUCUCCUCCUGACAGGAAGUGACCUUGUCUCCAUUGCUCUCAACAGUCCAGCACUGCCUUCAGGCUCCCUGACUCCGGCUUUUGUCACCACACAGACUCCGUCUGGUCUGCUGCUCACUCCUAGUCCUCUACUCUCCAAUAUCCAUUUCUGGUCCAACCUGAGUCCAGUGGGACCCCUUAGUCCUGCACAACUGCAGAGCCAUGCUCCCCUCUUUCAGUUCCCCUCACUGCUGAAUGGACACAUCCCCAUGCCUUUACCCAACGUGGACGCUCCCUCUCCUCUGCUGCUCUCCCCCAGCUCCCAGAAAUCCUGAUGCCAGCUCCAAGAGCGGAUUGGGCCGAACCAGGACGAGCUGGGCCAGAUAAGCACAGAUCAGGACCAAGCCAUACAGCCUUACACUCUGACGAUGAACCACACAGAUGUCGAACUUUCUCUGAGUCAAGAUACAUUUUGAUCUAAAACCUGUUCCUUUGCAUUUACUAUAUGAAGAAACAGGAGCUUCACUUUGAAGCUUUGCUCUCUGAGAAGAGUGUUUGCAUUAAGAAAUUUCUUUGUUUACAACUGCUCACGUUCUGUACAUUUGUUUUUGGCGUUUCUUUUCAUACAAAGGAAUCGGGUGGAGGUCGGACCUCAACACGUUUUUCAUCUCAUUUAAUCUCAUCUUGUUUCACUCAGUUCAAACUUUAGUGAUAUAGACAAGUCUAAAAGUUAUUCCCAUUUUUCCCACUGCUCAGACUAUUGUCAAUAUUCACCACUGUCUCAAACAAUGCAGAUCUGGAAAACCAUUGUAAGGAAUUAUGAGAUAACAAGACCCCAAGAAUGACAGAUGCUUCACUUAAUAGACUCAAGUACAGCUCCUUUAAGGAAAUAUAUGUUGAUCCUGCUACCAUACAGUUAAAAGAAACACACUUUGUGCUCCUACUAAGAGAACGAUUAAUAACACUCUCAUGUUUGUAAGAUCAGUAUGAAGCUACAGCCAGUAGAUGAUUUGCUUAGCAUAAAGACUGAAAACCGAUUACCUUGCUCUUUUCAAAAUCUAACUACUAGCAGCUAAAGGCUUACUAAUUAACACAUUAUCUAUACAGAAAAGAAAACAUUAAAAAUGACAAUUGGAAGUUUAUGGUUUGACUAAACGUUAAAUCCAGGUCACCGCUCCUGGCUGACAGAUAGUUUCAAACAUUACCUCUGUUAAACCACAAUAUGUCGUUUUUACGCUAGGUUUUAGUGUGAUAUAACCUUUCUCAUGGAGUUUUAGAGAUACUUUUAGAGGUAUUUAAGUCUUUAUGCUGAAUUACUGACUGUAGCUACAUAUUUAACUGACAAACAUAAAAAGUAAUUUCAAUCUUCUCAUCUCACUCUUGGCAAAAGAAUAAAAAAUCUGAAAUGUCAAAUUGUUGGUUUAAAUUUGGUCAUAAAAUGGGACUGUAACUGGAAUAAAUGCUGCUAGGCUGCACAAGCCAGUAGCUUAGUAUGACAUAUAGCAUACAUAUGUGCUAAGCAUACCUUUAAAUAGACCGAUCAUCAUAAGUGAACGAUUUUGAAUAUUACAGCAGUCAACCAAUGGCUGUUUCUUAAUAAUCAACCUUUUUGGGGAUGUAAAAAGAAAUAAGUACAAUUAGUGACAGUAUCUGAAUUAUUUGAGCACGUCCAUGAGAUGAUUCCUCACUGACUCCUAGCAGAGCACCUGCUAGCCAGCGCGCUACUCGCUGUGAAAGUCUUCAUUUUGCCUUUUGUGUUGCUUAAACUUGACGCUGUGAACUUUUUUUUAAAAAUCUGUACAGUUUCAUCUUUCUUUUUUUAAAGCACUGUGCCUUUCAGUCCUGUACCAGCUGUGCCUUCAAUAUUGUAAGACUUGUGUAAAUGUAUAAAGCUUUAAACCAGGUUUGACAUUCCACGUCAAAAUUGCACAAAAACUUUUUCUUUUUUUCUUUUGUUUUGUAAAACGGCUCCUGGUUAUUUUUAUAGAGAAAUUAUUGGAAAUGUAUUCUCAGUGAUUUGCUUGUUUUGUUGAGAGAAAUGUAACUGUUUUUUUUUUAAAUAAAGAAACAUACUUUUCAGAAA